UCUCCUCCACCUACAGUCAUGCCAAAGAAGUCGAAGAAGAAUACACCCUCUGGAAGUACUGGCGGUGAACAACUUGCUGCUGUUCGCGUUCUGCCCUAUCUCUAUCUUGGUCCACGCACCGCAGUCCGCGCUGCCUUUUGCUCUGCCCAGGGCAUUACCCAUGUCCUGAGCAUCGGUUCAACUCCUGCCGAAAUCAUUCCAUCCAUAACAUACGAGCGACUGUCGUUGGUCGACAGUGCAUCGUCGCCAAUCGCCGAAGCGAGCUCUAAGGCAAACGCAAUCAUUCUCGCCAUCGCCAAGUCAGGUGGCAAAAUCCUGGUCCAUUGUUCAGCAGCUGUCUCCCGUUCCCCAACUUUGGUUGCUCUCUAUCUCAUGGAGCACUCCGAAAUGUCUCUCCAUCAGGCGCUACGCUCACUCGUUCUCGCCAGACCCUCUAUCUGCCCAAAUCCUGGUUUCUUUGCGCAGCUCAAAGAUGCGGAGGUUGCUUUGCGUGGCACCUGCAGUGUCGAAGUCGACUCAUUGCCUCUCAAACGUGAGGUGAGGGUGGCGCUAUUUCAACUGGAGGAAUAG